CCCAAUGAUGGGAUGGAAAAAAAGAAGAAAAGAAAAAAAGAAACCCUAACGAAUGUUUUGCCGUGGUUUAACAGUUGAAACUUGCAACUCUUGAAAUUCUUACACAUUUUUGUUGUGGAAAAAGUGAAGAAUUAUCGAAGCGUGGAAGUUCUAGCAAUGGGUUCUUCAAAUGUGAAGAAGAAUAUGGUUCUUGCUCUCUGUAAACACCUCUCUGUGGAUCCCAGCCCGUUUGCAAGUGAUUUGGGCAGUGAUUUUAGGAGCCUGUGCACAAGCAUUUUGAAGAAGUCCUCCAAUGCGGAUGCACUUGUUAAGAAUAAUGAGCUGAUGAAAUGGAUAGAGUUUGCCGACAGUUUCUUGAGCUCCAAUGCGGCGGUUAAGGGUCUUAACGAGUUGAAUGAAGAGUUGAUUACCAAAUCUGUUUUACUGGGCAAUGGGUUGAAACUCUCAGCUGCUGACAUUAUUGUCUUUUCAGCUGUGCAUUCAUAUGUGAUUGGUCUAUCAGGUGCAGAUAGAGCAAAGUAUCCACAUCUGUUGAGAUGGGCCGAUUACAUCCAGAACAAGGAGGAAAUUGGAAAUGCAUUUGAAAAGAUUUUGCUAGAGAAGGUUCAAUUUGCGCCUCCUGCAUUAAAACCUGCUAAGAAGGUUGAAGAUUCCAAGCCAAAUAAAACUGUCCAAGAGGCAAAGCCAGCUGAUAGUUCAGAGACAGACUCAAAAGCUAAGAAGAGCGCUGAUCCUCAAAAGAAGAAGGUUGAAGGAGUGACUCAAACAACAGCAGAGAAGAAGAAACAACCUGAAAAAGAGGUGGACAAAAAAGACGAAGAACUUAGUGUCAGUCUGCUUAAAAUACAGAUUGGUCAUAUUCGUAAAGCAUGGAAACAUCCGUCAGCUGACAGUUUAUUGGUUGAAGAGAUAGAUGUCGGAGAAGCAAAAUGCAGGCAAGUUGUUAGUGGCCUAGCCAAGUAUUGCACACCAGAGGAGUUAACGAACCGCCGCGUGGUCCUUAUAACAAAUGUAAAACCUGGAAAAUUACGAGAUGUGAUGUCGGAGGGAUUGGUCUUAUGUGCUUCAAAUCAAGACCAUACUGUUGUAGAACCUUUACGAGCUCCAGAAGGUGCUAAACUUGGUGAAUGCAUCACAUUUUCCGGACACAAUGGCAAGCCAGAAGAUGUCUUGAACCCCAAAAAGAAACAGUUGGAUAAGAUAACACCGCAUCUUUUCACCGACGACAAGGGUGUUGCGACAUUCAAAGGCAUCCCAUUUAUGACGUCUUCCGGACCGUGCACUUCUUCCAUCCCCAACGCAAGCAUCAAGUGACAAAACGUCCAUUUCCAAAUUCUUGGAGUUCCAGAUAUGGAGCAGUGCCGAUGCUUUAGUUCCCUUGCGUUGGGAGUGAUAUUACAAGGCCAUAUUAGAUCAUCAUGGGCUGCAAAGGCACUCACUGUCUUCCUACGCACAAAGCAGUGAUGUUACUGAUCAACUUGCCUGUAUUUCACUACUAGCUGAUUCAAGUAACAUGAAUAUACAUUUGUGCAGGAACCCAGAAAUGAGAUGUUUAUUUCUUCUUGAGACACUGACGCGGUUUGCUCCUUUGGAAUCGAUGGUUUCACUCCUAUGUUUUGUGAAUA